ACUUUCUCCAUAGCGUUUUAAACUGUUAAAUUCUCAAUAGAAUUCAAAUGGGUUGCACAUUUUAUCAUCAGCGUCGCGAUAGGAACGGCUCGCGCAUAUCUUAUCACACUUUUGGAGCGCUGGUGAACGCGCCUACCCGCCUACGUGGAGUUGUUGGGCACGCGCUCGACGUUGGAGUUGGAGAUCCCCAGGUGCAGCUGCGCAUGCGCGGGGAGCUCCCCGUGCCCACCGACUUGUCGCUUUGAGCCCAGAGCGCGCGCGGGUGGCACACAGAAGCUCCCGGCCAGCCAGCGCGCGACGUUACCAUGAGCCUCCCCGCUCCGCCGGUAGAGAUUCCACGCGCAGAGAGUGCCCACCUGACGAGAGCAGCGCGAGAGCCACAGACGCACGAUGCCCGGGGGAAAGAGAGGGCUGGUGGCACCGCAAAACACUUUCCUGGAGAAUAUCGUCAGACGCUCGAGUGAGACAAGUUUCUUGCUGGGGAACGCUCAGAUUGUGGACUGGCCUGUAGUUUACAGUAAUGACGGCUUCUGCAAGCUGUCUGGAUACCACAGAGCAGAGGUCAUGCAGAAAAGCAGCACAUGCAGUUUUAUGUAUGGGGAGCUGACAGACAAGAAGACCAUAGAAAAGGUGAGGCAGGCCUUUGACAACUAUGAGUCCAACUGCUUUGAAGUGCUGCUGUACAGAAAGAACAGAACUCCGGUGUGGUUCUACAUGCAGAUUGCACCAAUCCGAAAUGAAAAUGACAAAGUGGUUCUGUUCCUGUGUACAUUUAAGGACAUCACUGUCUUUAAACAGCCUAUUGAAGACGAAAGCACCAGAGGUUGGACCAAGUUUGCACGUUUGACUCGAGCGUUGACGAACAGCAAAAGCACCAUUCAGCAACUCACGCCCGUGAGCAGAACCGACAUCACUUCGCACAAACAGUCCAGACUCGCAGAGGUGCUUCAGCUGGGUUCUGACAUCCUUCCUCAGUAUAAGCAGGAGGCCCCCAAGACCCCACCUCACAUCAUCUUACACUACUGCACCUUUAAGACCACCUGGGACUGGGUCAUCCUCAUCUUGACGUUCUACACUGCCAUCAUGGUCCCUUACAACGUCUCCUUCAAGACCAAACAGAAUAACGUCACCUGGCUGGUUCUGGACAGCGUUGUGGACGUCAUCUUCCUCGUGGACAUCGUGCUCAACUUCCACACCACGUUCGUCGGGCCUGGAGGGGAGGUGAUCUCGGAUCCGAAGCUGAUCAGGAUGAAUUACCUGAAGACCUGGUUCGUCAUAGACCUGCUGUCCUGUCUGCCCUAUGACAUCAUCAAUGCUUUUGAAAAUGUGGAUGAGGGCAUCAGCAGCUUGUUCAGUUCUCUGAAGGUAGUUCGACUGCUUCGAUUGGGUCGUGUUGCACGUAAACUGGACCACUAUCUGGAGUACGGCGCAGCUGUGCUCGUAUUGCUGGUCUGUGUGUUUGGAUUGGUGGCCCACUGGCUUGCCUGCAUAUGGUACAGCAUUGGAGAUUAUGAGGUCAUCGAUGAACAAACCAACACCAUCAAGACUGACAGCUGGCUCUACCAAUUAGCCACCAGCAUUGGAUCCCCGUACCGGUUCAAUGCCAGUGGGACUGGCCAAUGGGAGGGCGGUCCUGGGAAAGACUCUCUGUAUAUAACGUCACUGUAUUUCACCAUGACCAGCCUGACCACCAUUGGCUUUGGAAACAUUGCACCAACUACAGAUGGAGAGAAGAUCUUCUCUGUGGCCAUGAUGAUGGUUGGAUCUCUCCUUUACGCCACCAUCUUCGGUAAUGUGACAACCAUUUUCCAGCAGAUGUAUGCAAACACCAACCGUUACCACGAAAUGCUGAAUAACGUGCGGGAUUUCCUCAAGCUCUACCAGGUGCCCAAAGGCCUCAGUGAGAGAGUGAUGGACUACAUCGUCUCCACGUGGUCCAUGUCCAAAGGCAUCGACACAGAAAAGGUGCUCUCCAUCUGUCCCAAAGACAUGCGGGCAGAUAUCUGUGUGCACCUGAACAGGAAGGUGUUCAACGAGCACCCAGCGUUUCGAUUGGCCAGUGACGGAUGUUUGCGCUCAUUGGCUGUGGAGUUCCAAAUGAUACACUCCGCCCCUGGUGACCUCAUCUUCCAUGCGGGUGAAAGCGUGGACCUGCUCUGCUUUGUGGUGUCAGGAUCAUUGGAGGUCAUCCAGGAUGACGAGGUCAUCGCUAUACUGGGUAAAGGGGACGUGUUUGGUGAUGUGUUUUGGAAGGAGACGACUUUGGCCCACUCAUGUGCUAAUGUUCGAGCAUUAACAUACUGUGAUCUUCACAUCAUAAAGAGAGAAGCCCUGUUGAAGGUGUUGGACUUUUACACAGCGUUUGCCAACUCCUUCUCCCGAAACCUCGUUCUCACCUGCAACCUACGCAAAAGGUUUAUAUUCCGUAAAAUCGUCGAUGUGAAAAAGGAGGAAGAGGAGAGGCAGCGUUCAAAGAAUGAGGUCCCACUCACCAUUCCUGUGGACCACCCAGUCCGAAAACUUUUCCAGAAGUUUAAACAGCAGAAGGAGCUCCGUAACCAGGGCGCUUCGGCCCAGCUCGACCUGGAGAAGAAUCAACAGCAUCUACAGCAGCCCACACGCAUGCCAAAACCACACACCUCCCUCAUGCAGAACUCACUGCACACGGUUCAGAACGGAUCCACAAGCAGCGUGGUCACCAUCUCUCAGAUCACACCCAUCCAGAACUGUCUGGCCUAUUCUAAAGCGGGCGACUCCAUUAAGCAGAACAACCGUGACAUCAUGGAACUCAAACCUGCCGUGGCCAGCGGUGACCAAGUCGCAAACCGACUCAAAGUGAAUAACGCGUCGAGGACCAAACCCGCAGGAACCGCCCGUGGCUGGAUGAGACUGAAAAACAACAUGGCUGCCCCAGGUUCACCUCCAGAGGAGGAGAGGAAAGAGGGAUUAAACAAUGCAGCUAAGGCCGUGUCCAUGGAGCGCCUUUCACCAGAAGUCAAAGUUCAGAUAGAGAGUGUCGAGGUGGUGGGAGAAUCCAGGAAGAAUUCGCUCCGCAAAACAGACUCUUGGGAUAGCGGCCUGACCCACAGCGACCAGAGACUGGAUAGGGUUUCAGAACCACAGAGCCCUGUACCUGGACUUGGUAGAGGAGAAGGACCAGCCCGUGAUUUUUACCCCAGUAGCGAGAGCUCGUUCCUGGCCUCGCUGCAGGAGGCCAGGGUGGAGCUGAGGACAGAGAUCCAGGCUCUGAACGGAAGGAUGACGACUUUAGAAGAAAGGGUUGGACAAAUUCUCAGGCUACUUAUAGAGACUUCAAAGGCCUCAUCUAGUGAAGACUCAAAUCUGAAAACACAUAGACCCAAACUCAAAGCACAGGGCAGCAUCCCAGUGUCCACACUCAGUACACCUGAUUCUGAGAAGGAUGAGGGAUUGCCAUAAGAAAUUUGAAUUCAAUAAGCAUUUGAGAUGAAGCAUUUGUAGCAUCACUGUUUUGGUGCAUCCACAUCUGGCACCUAUACCUGCAGCUCAUAGAGGAACGUCCUAAAAAGGAGCUGUGAUUUCAGAGGAUAUAGUUGUCACUUGAACAUCUGUAUGGGAGCAGGAGUUGGUUUCAUAGUCUAAAUAACUGCCAAGAACCCUAACUCUCUCAGAGUACAGUGGCAUGUACUGCUAAAUAAAAAAUAAAAGGAUUUUUAGUUUUAGUGCUUUAAUGUUCAAUCAGCACUUUUUGCACACUGAAGUAAUGCAGGAACAACCACCCCCAAACCCCCCCACCCCGCCUUUUUCUUUUUCAGCGUGAGUUUGUAUAUAUUCUGCAUGUCCAGCUGGGUUCUGGCUUGCCAAAAAUUUAUAACCCUGAUGAUGUCUAUACAAUUGAAAUAUUUAAAUGCUUGUAUAUUAUGCAGUUAACUGCAUGCAGAUCUAUUUAUUCUCACAGAAUGCUUAUUUUAAUGUCUAAAUGAAAGAGACUGUUGAUUGUCUUGAUAUCACCGUAAUGUACAUUCAGGUUUUUAACAACACAUAGCAUGACAAAUCACUGAGGGAGAAUGUGACUUUUUUGAAACAGUUACAUAUGCAUGAAUGACUUUCACAGCACUCAAGAACUUUGCCUUAAAGGACCUUAACAUCAAUCUUGAGAUAAAGCUGGAGAGGAAAAACCUUCAUUGGUUAUCAGUAUAGGACAGGUCUGUGUUUUUUGUGUCUGUCCUUCUAUACAUUUUAACUGUCAUGUGUCAGCUUUUAUUUUGAAUUAUUUAUUUUUUUUUGCAAAUUUUCAAGGAUUUUGGAGGGUUUAUGAUUUUAUGCAGUUCAAUUAUGUACCACUCAAUGUUAUUGGGGUUUGUUUCUUUUUAUAUUGCACCAAUAGCAGCUUUUGGCGACUGCAGCUUCACCAUUGCAUAUCUGUCAACUGUGUUAUAUGCAACCUUAAUAAAAAAUGGUAAAUAAAUAUUUACAGUUUUAAAGAUCA